AUGCAUUGGCUCUAUCGGUUUUUUUUUAGACUCGCCGAGUUGAACUAUACAAGUACGCCGAAUUACGAGUUGAACUAUAAGCCGAAUUACGGAAUAUAUUGUCCGCCUGAAGAUUUUGAACACUCUUAUCUGUCAAAUGGAGAAAACAACAGUUUGAUUAAAGAGACUCAUGUGAAUCACUUCAGGAGAACACAAAUGGGUAAAAGAGCCACAAUGCGGGACCUUUGCCUAGACAGCAGUGGAUUGCCAGUGCAACGGCAAUGUGAAGACUAUUAUGGAAGUGCCAUAUGGAGGCCACUCGACAACAUAAGCUGCAAUGCUGGAAAUAAUCUUAGCUGGGGGCUCAACCAGCUGCAUGAAGAGCUACUUCGAGGCGAUGACGUACAGGGCAUCUUGACUCGACUGCAGCAUUCACUGAGCGAGGCUCAUGGCCAGUUGACACCUGUUGAUGUCUACAUUACUGCGCAAAUCUUUAAUUCAUUCGUGGAAGAAAGAUAUAAUGAAGCUCUGGGUACGAAUUUGAUAAGCAUCUGCAGUGAGAUCAUGAAUAUUAAUGAGACUGUGCUUGAGGUAUCUGCAAAGGUGAAUGCAACCAAUGUGUUGUUGGAUAGUUUCGACAAAUAUAUGGAUGCAAUCUCUGAACAAUUUGUAUCUGAGGAGAGAUGUGAGAAUGUGUUUAUUAAUGUAUUAAGAGAAUCUAAUGGAGCUAAUGUACAAUUGCAUAACUACCCUGAUAUUGGUGUGCAGGUUCUGAUAAGUGGUAAUCUCAGCGUAUUUUAUGUGAAUCCAAGUUGUAGCAACAUUACUGGUCUGGCUAUUUAUUCCGCUGCUGGUCCAGAUCGCAUUUCGACUAGUAAAGACUUCUGGUUUCGUUUUGUUUAUGCCAACGAGAGUAUAGAAAACAUUAUGCUUGAAUCUGAUAUGGAGACUGCAGUUUAUAUAACGGAUAAUUUUAUGAGUCAGCUGGUAGGCAUUGAUUUACCUUACGUAGUGCUAAAAAUCUACGAGAACGAUGCAUUAUUUAUGGAGUAUUCAUUAGACCGUAAAAGACGAGUCAGGAGUAAGGUUGUAUCUGGAAAGCUAGUAGGAGGUCAUGGUACUCAGCGGCCCUAUGGCAUGCAGUUAUUGCUACGAAAGCCGAAAGAGCUAGCUGGUGCUUGUAGACAAUGGGAUAAUGACCAUUGGCAGUAUGAAGGAGUUACCACUAGCAAUGAUACUAAUAUUUCGGAAGACUAUGUCCUCUGCAUAGGCUAUGAAUGGCCAAUGGGAACAAAUAUUCGGCUAAAAUGGGAGUCACACGAAAAAAACACUAAAGAGAAUUCAAGUGAAUAUUGUGCGGCCGAAGAUUUUGAGCACACUUACAAAAUAAAGAGCAAGAAUGGCAGUUUGAGCACAGAGUUGCACAUCAAUCACUUCAAGAGAACCAAUCUGAACAUUCUUGCUACAAUGGAGGAUCUUUGUCUGGACAGCAGAGGUCUGCCAGUGCAUCGGCUAUGCGAAAACAAGAAUGGAAUUGCCACCUGGGGUCCACUUCAAAAUGUAAGUUGCCUUGCAGGUAACAAUAUAAGUCAGGAGCUUAACCAACUGCACGAAGAUCUAUUCAGUGGAAAACAAAGCCAAGAGGUCAUUUUAUCUCAAGUCGGCCAAUCAGUGAGCCAGGCUCAGGGCCAGCUAGAAGCUGUUGAUGUCUAUAAUACUGCGAACAUUUUUGGUUUACUCGAUGCGAGUAAACCGAACUCUACGGCGAUGGGUGCGAAUUUAGUAAGUGUCUGUAAUGAGAUGAUGAAAAUUAAUGAGACUGUGCUAAGACUAUCAGCAAGACUCAAUGCAACCAACGUGUUGCUGGAUAACUUUGAACAGAACAUGGAUGCACUCUCUGAAUAUUUAGUGCACGAUGAGAGCUGUGGCAAAGUGAUUGAAGAAGCUGCAAGAGAAUCGGCUGAGGCUGGUGUUAAAUUAAUUAACAAAGCGGAUAUUGGUGUACAGGCGCUGAUAAGCAGUAAACUCAGCGUAUUCUAUGUGAAUCCCGAGUGCAACAACAUCACAGGAAUGGCUAUUUAUUCGGAUGAAAGUCCUGAUCACACCUCAAGUGGCAAGCUCUCGUAUCGUUUUCUUUAUGCCAACGAGAGUGCGGAGAGAUUGAAGAAAGAGCCACGACUGGAGACAGCAGCUUACAUGCCAGGACAUCUUUGGAGACAACUACGACACAAAGGUGCAUCCUACUUUGUGCUCAAGGUGUUUGCCAACGAUGCGCUCUUUGUGGAGACCUCGAUGCAAAGUAGGCCAAGGCCAGAUGUUAAAGUGUUAUCCAUCACCAUACCAGGAUACGAUGAAAAUUUGCCUAAUCCUGUGCAGUUCUUGCUUCGCAAACCGAGGCAAGUGGGCGUGGUCUGCGCCUACUGGAAUUAUAGGAAUUGGAAUGAGAGUGGCAUCACAACUGGCAGCAAUAUGUUUGACGACAUUGUGCUGUGCGAAACCGAUCAUCUGACGCAGUUCUCUGCUCUGCUAGGCGUCGACUUGCCAGAGCCACAUAAAACAAUUCUGAGCGUAUUGACAUAUUUGGGCUGUGGCCUCUCGCUGUUUGGCAUGCUGGGCAUCUUUCUCACUGCAAUGCUGGUCAGCAAGUGGCGAGAGCAAGCAUCCACAAAGGUUCUACUCCAUCUCUGCCUGGCCCUGUCUCUGCAAUUGUCACUAUUUCUGUACUUUACCAGCAGUCAUUGGUCCAUCCAAGAGAACUCGAUUCGAUGCUUAAUUUCAGGAGCAGUAUUACAGUACUCUGUGUUGGUCGUCUUCAGCUGGAUGCUCAUUAUAUCGAUGCUGCAGUUCCAACGUUAUGUUACAGUACUGGGAGUGGAUCGACCACAUCAUUAUAUUCUCAUCUCUGCGAUUGUGGCCUGGUCUCUGCCGUUAGUCCCCACGCUUCUGAUCGUGUUUCUAGAUCCAACAUCAUACAAGCCUACACAGGACGCCUUUUGCUAUCCCACCCGCAAUGGCUUGCUCCUGGGAGUGGUAUUGCCCAUUGCUCUGGUGACCAUUGCCAAUGCUUUCAUGAUGAUUCGCAUCGUUUACAGCGUCAAUCAGGCGUUGAGAUCCCGACGCAAACUUAUUUUCCAACAGAUGCGACUUUUUGUGCUGCUCUUCUUUUUGCUUGGCAUCUCUUGGAUUUUUGGUGUCAGCAGCUAUAUAUUUUCACAAUUCAUUAUAUUUUCAUAUCUCUUCUGUAUAACAGCCACUUUGCAGGGCUUGGUGCUAUUUUUGUACUUUGUGAUUUUUAAUGCAACACAUAGACAAGCUUGGCUAAAAUUCAUCUGUCCCAAGCUGGUGAAAAUGGAUGCACCGAAAGACAAAACGCAGAUAGAGUUAAUAAACUCUUCCAAAAAAAAUGCCGUAAAAGUUAAUUAA